AUGGCCAACGCCCUCUAUAACAUUUACCGGCUGGCUGGCCCUGUCGCCGCCGGUGCAAUUCUUUGGAACUCCUCCAUCUACGAUGUCCGUGGAGGCACUCGCGCCGUCAUCUUCGAUCGCUUGUCCGGUGUCCAGGAUACCGUUGUCAACGAAGGCACCCACUUCUUGAUUCCCUGGCUGCAGCGGGCUAUUGUCUACGACGUGCGCACGAAGCCCCGCAACAUCUCCACAACAACCGGAAGUAAGGAUUUGCAGAUGGUCAGCUUGACGCUGCGUGUGCUGCACCGUCCGGAGGUGCCGAAGCUGCCGCAGAUCUACCAGUCAUACGGUACCGAUUACGAUGAGCGUGUUCUCCCCUCCAUCGGUAACGAAGUCCUCAAGGCCAUCGUCGCCCAGUUCGACGCCGCCGAGCUUAUCACACAACGUGAAGCCGUCUCCAACCGUAUCCGUACCGACCUUCUCAAGCGCGCCGGCCAGUUCAACAUCGCUCUGGAGGAUGUCUCCAUCACCCACAUGACCUUCGGAAAGGAGUUCACCCGCGCCGUCGAGCAGAAGCAGAUCGCCCAGCAGGAUGCUGAGCGGGCACGAUUCAUUGUUGAGCGUGCCGAGCAGGAGCGUCAAGCCAACGUUAUCCGCGCUGAGGGUGAAGCCGAGAGUGCCGACAUUAUCAGCAAGGCCGUCGCUAAGGCCGGUACUGGUCUGAUCGAGAUCCGCCGCAUCGACGCUAGCCGUGAGAUCGCCCAGACUCUGGCCAACAACCCCAACGUCACAUAUCUGCCUGGCGGCGAGGGCAAGGAGGGCGGCAAGAGCACUAGCCUUCUCCUGGGUCUCCGGAGCUGA